AUGUAUGCCGGCGAAGAUGAUCUCGAGCUGCUAGAGGAAUACGACUUGGAGCAUGACUCGGAUGACUCGCGAUCAGACGGAGAGCGAGGGGUUCGCGAUGAUGCAUACGAGGACGAGGCACACGCGAACACGCCUGAAGAGGUAGAAGCGGCUAUCAAUGAGGUCAAGGGGACGGUAGUCGAGGUAGUGAGCGCUCUUGGUGGACUGGAGGAUGUUGAAGUCGAAGGGAAGAUCGAGACGGUCUACGUGUUGGGCGAUGAUUGCUUGCGCUGCCUGCGCGACCUCCGCCGUCUCUGGCGUGAGGGUGGCGACGAUCCAAAUCGCAUCAUAGCGCAUGUCUUCUCGCAAGUAGGCGUCCUCCAGAACCUCAUCCCUCUCCUCCUGAAAACAGCCGGCGGGGACGAGCGCUCCUCCAAAAUUUCCCUCGCCUGCGUCGACUUGCUCACCUCGAUCACCUGGCCAAUCGACGCCCAAGCGGAAAUGCGUGCCGCGAAAGCGCGAGGGGAGGAUGCGAGCCAACUGGCCCACUUGAUCGCGCUGGAGCAGAGCAUGGUAGCUUACAAGGCAGCGGUGCUUCGUACCCGCUUGGGGGAGUCAAGGGGCGACUCGGCGAGCAGGGAUACUCUGGGUUGUGUGAUGCGAUACGUCCUUCUGCCCUCACUCAGCAAGCACAGGUCUCAGCGCACGGAGAGGGACAGCGGGACGAUUGCUAUGUCUCUACAUCUUUUUCGCAACUUGCUGGCCAUCAGGGACCCUCUGGCUACGACACUCAGCAGUAAUGAGCAGAUCGCUGAGUCUACGCUGCAGAGCGAUCUCGUCUGCGCUAUGGCGCGCACGCACGUGCUGGAGACAUUGCUGAUGCUGGCAAAUGGGGCGGAUAAGGCAGAGUUCAAUCAGUGGAAUGUGGUGACUGCGGAUUGUAUCUUUGCGGUCUACGGUGGGGAGAGAGCCGCCGCGAUUGCUUCACCCUCAACGGCAUCAGGCAAGAGCAACGAGAGCGGUGCGGCUUCCUCUUCUACCGCUUCUUCAUCCUCAUCCGCGCAGCUGCGCUCCUUCCUCGACGCUGAAGCACGACAACGCCGCAAUGCAGCUCCCUCGUCCUCCCGCCACUCCCGGUUCGGCACCACCCUCUCCUUCUACACCACCAGCGGCGAUCGUCGCGUCGCCCGCACGCAAAACGCUCUGCGCAAGUCAGUCUCCGAGCUGCGUCGCGACAACGAUCAGAGGUCACGGCGCAAGUUCAGGCGACGCACCAAAGUCAAUGAAGCUGGUGCUCCUCGCGUUCAUGCCGAGUGGACCAAGCCGGCACGGGAGGCGCUACAGGACUGGGCGGAUCGUUUCUUGCUCAGCAGUGGCUUCGAGACGCUUACGAGGAGUGUGCUCAAGGACAUUGCAAGCGAGAGGGAGAAGGUGGGGGAUUUGGACGAGGCGAGAGUGAAGGUCAUGUUGCUUGGCGCUUUCUUCCUCGAUUGGUUCAGGGUCAGGCGAUGUGAGGAGGAGGAGAAACUAGCGGCUACACUCACACCCGCUACAGAGAACGCAGCACCAGGCGAGUCUUCUACCCCAGUCGUCCAACCACCUCGCGCCCGUUGGUCAUUCGCCCUCCUGGACUCCUGGCUCCAAGAGUGGUCCUUCAAGAUGGUUCUCGUCCGCUCACUCGACUCGCUGGAGUCGAAGCACUGGCUCGAGCUCUCGGCGGCCGUACAGCUCUGGAUGUCUCUUCUUCGCCUCGUGGAACACAUGUCUCGCAAAGGCGACGAAGCAGCGCAGGAGGGAGCUGACCAUUUGUUGGCCAACCAUUUCUACCAUGCCGAGACGCUCAAGGUUUGCUUGAGUAUCGGGCGAUGCUACACGACGCAGUCUAUGGAGUUCUUGGAUCUGAUUGUGGCUUUCCUUACGGUCAUGCCGAGGAUGUUGGAGAAGUACUCGCAGGACAAGGAACACCUCUUUGUCCGAGCGAAGAAGGCCCGUCAGAAGCGCAAAGACAAUGGCCAAGACAACGAGGACGACGAUGCUGCCCCGCGCCGUGCCGAGGACCUCUACAUCGAGCGUCGCGUCUCCUUCACCCGCUUCCAAUCCUCCCUUGCCACGCGUCCCCUCGUUGAAGCCUGUGUAGGCUACCUCUGCAAAUGGCGCGACUUCACCCGGCCCGCAGAGCAGCUCAGUAACGUCGUCGCCAUCUUGCACCGAAUAGCCAUCAAGGCCGGCGACGUGCGCGCAUUCUUCCCUGCGCACAUCCGAGUGGCGCUUGCUGGCAUUGAGGACAAAGGCGAGCUCUACGCCGCUAUGCAGCCCGUAGCACCGCGAGCGGCGGGUGAUGCCAAGAAGCUGGUGCAGUACUGUCUCAAGAAGUUUGAAAAGCUCGACAAGGAAGAGAAGGAGCUUUGGCAGCAAGGCAAGAAGCCGCCCAAGCCUCCGAAGGCCGUCAAGUUGCCUCGCGAGGUGGAAGUCAAGCCUGGCUUCCCGAGGGACAGCUGUGUGGGCAUCGCCGUGGGGCUGUUGGCAGAGCAGGGGCACCUUGCGCGCGUUUCGUGGGUCAAAUCGGCGCUCGAGAUUGCCAGUCAGGACCGACUCGACGUCAUCAAGAGCACGGAUGGGCCGAUGUGGCGCGAAGCUCUCCGCCAAGGCUUGCCAGAUGGCAACGAAGAGGCGCUCGAGCAAGCUGUGGCCCGCAGUCUUGCCGUCGAACCACCUUCCGCCGAAGCCCUCUCUCUCGUGGCGCCUCACUCCCUUCCUUACUGGGGCGAUGCCCCUCUACAACACGAUGCCACGACUCUGCCGGCCCUCAAGCUCUUGUGCCGCCUCCUUGGCCUGGAGAGCGAUGAAGACGACGAUACCUGCUGGCAGUGGCGCAUUCCUGCUGAUGUACUGCCGGGAGACCUGGAGGCGGACGUCAAGCUGAUGGACCGCUUCCUGGAAGCGCCCUUCGAGCUUCCAUACGGAGCGGAACGCUACGAGGACUUGGUUCAGCCGGCGAGGAAGAGGGUUGCGAAGAAGCCGCAGGCGACCGUGGCUGUACGCGCCGAGCAGGGCGAGGUCAGCGGCAGUGACAGCGACGAGAGCACUGCUGCAUCCUCAUCGGACGACGACGAAGAGCUGGGAGGCACACGCCGUCGUGGUCAUCGACGACGCAAGGACCUGGCAGGCGAUUCACGCAAGCGCAAGGGCUUCAGGCGCAGAGCUCCCGCCGGUGCCAAUCAAGGCUUCCUCGGAGAGGGUGACAUGAUCGACUCAGACGAGGAAGAGCAGAUUGAGAGGAUGUGGCGCGCUCAGAAUAGUGGUGCUGGCGCAAGCUCGCCUGUCAGUAGCGCGAGGCCAAGCCGUAGUCCCGUCGCUGCGGGCAGGGUCAGCACUCCGCCUACUUCACCGCCGAGGGAGGAGGGGGAACGCAGGCCCAAGAACAAAAGCAACGCUCUCUUCCUUGGUUCUGAUGUGGAGGACAGUGACGCGGACGAUGAUCACGACCUGCCGCAGCCCUCCCGCCAAUCAAGCACGCGCUCAUCGCUCUCGCUCUCGCCGUUCAAAGUCACGCCAAGCCCGCAACCAGCGGCAAGGAAACGCACUGCGGCCGUCUUGUCUAGCGAGGACGAGGAUGACGAGGAUGAGAGACCGAUGUCAAGGGCAACGUUCACAAGGAAGUACCCCGCGUUUGUAGGACAGGAUAGUGAUGUGGACACCGAUGAUGAGGAUGUGGUGAUUAGGGUGCGACGGCCGACUAUGAUGGAGUUCAUGAACAGGGCCGAUGAUGACGACGACGACUAG